UCUUCUUUUAAAUCAGCCAAAAUUACCCAAUAUCGUAUCAGACGACUUGUCCAAGGACACAAAAAUCGUCUUGUUAAGCAUUGAUAAGCAAAUCAACGAUGUUGAACAAUACAUUCCUUCGGAAACAAAGCAAUUCAUUCUCGGAACCGUCAUUCAUGAAUUUGAGGUUGGAUAUGAUUACUGGACUGCAGGCCGUCAUGCCGUCCGAGAAUACAGAAGUACCGUCAUCUUUUACUAUCGUUGGACACAUUGUUCAUUUGAAUCUCAAAGAAGAACAUGAGCCGUAUAAACGUUUGAUAGCUGAAGUACUCUUGGAUAAAAACAAAAAAGUGACCAGCGUCGUGAACAAGACGAACAACAUUGAUAAUACGUAUCGCAAUUUUCAGAUGGAAGUGUUGGCCGGUGACGGCAACAUGGUGGCUUCAUUGAAAGAAAAUGGAUGUCGAUUCACCUUUGAUUUUUCAAAAGUAUAUUGGAAUUCUCGUCUGCAAGCGGAACAUCGGCGAAUCGUUGACAUGUUUCAAAAGGGCAGCACCGUAUUGGAUGUGUUUGCUGGCGUCGGCCCAUUUGCUCUGCCAGCCGUCAAAAAAGGAUGUCUCGUCUAUGCCAACGAUCUCAAUCCAGCCUCGUACCAUUGGCUCAAUGAAAAUAUUCGUCUGAACAAGAUAACGGCCGGUAUUCAUACGUAUAAUAUGGAUGGACGCGAGUUUAUUCGCAAAGUAAUGGAUGAUGUUCUUCGUACAUCUCCAGGCAUAACAGUGGAUCACGUCGUGAUGAAUUUACCCGCGAUUGCCAUUGAAUUUCUUGAUGCUUUUCGAGGUGUAUAUCAGUCUUUUGAUACUACUACACCGCUUCCGAUGAUUCAUUGUCAUUGUUUUACUCGGAACACAAACCCUGAAAAAGACAUAAAGGAGCGUUUAUGUCAUGCCAUGGGGUCGUCAUCCGACUUUGAUGUGUCGCUGCACUGGGUACGCACCGUCGCUCCAAAAAAAGAGAUGUACUGCGUCUCGUUUCGUUUGCCUUUUGAGAUCGCAUUUGCUUCUUAGAUAACCAAAAGAUUCUAUCCUUCAAUUUCUCCAUGCCAUUCGGGUCUU